GUUUCCAAAUAAGCAUUUUCUUAUUGCCCUUAUUUUCUAAAACUGCUUUCUGGUUGAUGCUAUAGGCGCUUGCAUGAGUGAGGCGUGAGGAAACAACCAAUUUUUAAUUUGAAGCUCACAGAUUCAUUGAUUUGUUUCUCAACUGCAGUAGAAGAGUUUCUAGAGACAAUGUAUUCUGUUCAGAAGUGGAAAUGCUCAUGGUCUCUUGUAGCUACAAUUGCUUCUAUUAUAGUGCUAGUUUCAGUUGUUCAUCUAUUCCUGUUUCCUGUCACCCCUUCUUUUGAUUACUUCAGUGCUCGGCAAGUCCAGUACAAGUGUGUUCCAGUUAAUACAUCAGUUGACCAGGCUGCUGAUCAUUUUUGGGUAAAUAAGCCACAGGGUCUUGAUUUGGAUCACAGAUUUCCUUCUGACUUGCAUAAUGGAGUUGUUUAUCGUAAUGCUCCUUGGAAGGCAGCGAUCGGCCAUUGGCUUUCUGGUUGUGAUGCUAUUGCUACGGAAGCCCGCAUUGUUGAGACAAUAGGUGGUAGACGCUGCAAAAAUGACUGCAGUGGUCAAGGUGUUUGCAAUCAUGAGUUUGGGGAAUGUAGAUGCUUCCAUGGAUUUAAUGGAGAAGAUUGCUCUGGAAGGCUAAAUUUGAGUUGCAAUUACCCUAAUACACCAGAGCUACCGUAUGGGAGAUGGGUUGUUUCAAUAUGUUCUGCUCAUUGUGACACUACCCGAGCUAUGUGCUUUUGUGGAGAAGGCACAAAAUAUCCAAACCGUCCUGUGGCAGAGACAUGUGGGUUUCAAGUAAACUCACCUACUGAACCCGAAGGUGUCAAAGUGACUGAUUGGGCAAAAGCUGACCUGGAUAAUAUUUUUACAACAAACGGGAGCAAACCAGGAUGGUGUAAUGUAGACCCAGAUGCUGCAUAUGAUUCCAAAGUGCUCUUUAAAGAGGAAUGUGAUUGCAAAUAUGAUGGACUUUGGGGACGUUUUUGUGAAGUGCCCGUUGAAAGUGUUUGUAUCAACCAAUGCUCUGGACAUGGCCAUUGUCGUGGUGGAUUUUGCCAGUGCAACAAUGGAUGGUAUGGGACAGACUGCAGCAUUCCUUCAGUUGUAUCUGCAAUUGGAGAGUGGCCUAAGUGGCUCAAACCUGCUCAUGUUGAUAUUACUAGUAAUGAAGGCACAGGCAGACUUGCCAAUCUCAAUGCUGCAGUUGAAAAGAAAAGGCCACUUAUCUAUGUAUAUGAUUUACCUCCUGACUUCAACAGCUUGCUUCUUGAGGGACGGCAUUUUAAGUUUGAGUGUGUGAACAGAAUCUAUGAUGAAAGGAAUGCAACAUUGUGGACAGAUCAGUUAUAUGGCUCCCAGAUGGCAAUCUAUGAGAGUAUUUUAGCCAGUCCACACCGAACAUUAAAUGGUGAAGAAGCAGAUUUUUUCUUCGUUCCUGUUCUGGAUGCUUGCAUUAUAACACGUGCUGAUGAUGCACCCCAUUUGAGCCUGGAGAACCAUACUGGCUUGAGGAGUUCCCUCACUCUGGAAUUUUAUAAGAAAGCACAUGAGCAAAUUAUUGAGAAAUAUCCUUACUGGAAUCGUUCAGCAGGAAAAGAUCAUAUUUGGUCAUUUUCAUGGGAUGAAGGUGCUUGCUAUGCCCCCAAGGAGAUAUGGAAUAGCAUGAUGUUGGUUCACUGGGGUAAUACGAAUUCUAAGCACAACCACUCAACGACAGCCUACUGGGCUGACAACUGGGACAAGAUUCCAUCUGAUAGAAGAGGCAACCAUUCUUGUUUCGAUCCUGCAAAAGAUCUUGUGCUUCCUGCUUGGAAACGCCCUGAUGUUACUUCUUUAAGUGCAAAAUUAUGGUCUAGGCCUCGUGAGAACCGGAAGACGCUCUUUUUCUUCAAUGGAAAUCUAGGACCAGCUUACACAAGUGGGAGACCAGAAGCUACGUAUAGCAUGGGGAUCAGACAGAGACUGGCCGAUGAAUUUGGUUCAACCCCUAACAAGGAGGGAAAACUAGGGAAACAGUAUGCAGAAGAUGUAAUUGUGACUCCUCUUCGUUCUGAAAACUAUCAUGAGGAUAUAGCCAAUUCUACUUUCUGUGGUGUGUUGCCUGGAGAUGGUUGGAGUGGUCGUAUGGAAGAUAGUAUUUUGCAAGGAUGCAUUCCUGUGGUUAUUCAGGAUGGGAUCUUCCUACCUUACGAGAAUAUGCUCAACUAUGAAAGCUUUGCUGUUAGAAUACGCGAGGAUGAAAUUCCAAAUUUGAUAAAGAUUCUUCGGAAAAUCAAUGAAACAGAAAUAGAAUUCAAGUUGAAAAAUGUACAGAAAAUAUGGCAGAGGUUCCUCUACCGCGAUUCUAUUUUGCUAGAAGCUGAGAGGCAAAAAACUGGUUUUGGCCUAGAGGAGGAUUGGGCAGUUCAAUUCUUGCAACAAUCUGAAGAUGAUGUCUUUACAACUUUUUUACAGAUUUUGCACUACAAGUUACAUAAUGACCCUUGGAGGCUCCAACUUGCAGACCUUAAAAAGGAGUACGGAUUGCCACAAGAAUGUCUGAUAAGGAAGACCAAGUGAAGAGCAGCUUUAUACUGAAGUAAUAUACCAAAGAACUGGCCAAAAACAAAUGUAUAUGAAUCAACAUUCUUGGCAUAUACCAAAGAUUUGAGUUUCAGGGAAGUGUGCAGAACUGGGCCACCGGAUACACCGCGAUAUUCCCCUAGUGAUGCAAGAUUCAGUGACCCGAAAGAUGCGGCAUCAAGAUUCAGGUUUUCGUUACAAUCUUUUCUUUUUUGCUUUCUUUUUCAUGUAUGGACUGCUACAGUUUUUGUGUGACAAAAGAACAGAAAUUGUUUGGGGAAGUGAGGAUGGGAACAUACACGUUUGGUUUAGCAGAAGAGUGGAUGUGGAAGUU